AUGCCAUUGGGAGGGAAGGCGCUCAAGAAGAGGGAGCAGAACGCGAACGCGAAGGCAGGCAUUGUCACGGACGACGCAAUCUUGCGGAAGGAGGCAACCAAAAAGGAGGACGUCAAGUGCGCGAUUUGCAUGCAGCAGUUCAAGGUGACAGCGAAGAAUGCCGAUCAGAAGGCCCACGCCGAGUCAAAACAUCCCAAGUCCACUUUCGCCGAGUGCUUCCCCACCCUGGCGUGA